UGUUUUCUUGAGUUCCAGUUUAUUGAACUCGUUCUCCAAGGGACAGCAAAUGCAUCCUCACUUAUGGCCAGCAAAUUUCCAUCUUGAAACCAUUGACAGGUUCCUGUCACGGCGCGUGAUGCGCCGCGUGUACGCAAUGUUCAACUCGACCUUUCGCUAUCAGCCUCGACAUACGCCUCCUGAAGCUGCGAGCAGAAAUGGAGAUUCAGCUUGUCUACCGGGUUCUACGAAAGCUAUCGCACUGGGCACUCUCCUUCUACUCUGAAAUACAGGUUGUUGGUGAGGAGAACGUCCCAAGUGACGGACCUAUCAUUGUCGUUUCAUGUCAUCACAAUGAAAUUCUUGACAUCGCUACUCUUGCUUCGACGAUACCUAGGUGUCGAUUGCUUCGCUUCUGGGCGAAGGCUUCGCUGUUCAAGAAUCCCAUCGCAAGAGCUAUUCUCGUAUUAUCUGGGAACAUCCCUGUCCAUCGAAACCCGAACAGCACUCGUUCCAGCGACAUCGGUACCGAAGCAAACUCCUCAGCUAGCGCUUCUGAUUCGAAGCAAGCGUUAUUUCGACAGACAUUUCUUGCACUGGACCGUGGCGAGGCGAUCGGUGUGUUUCCAGAGGGUACGAGCUACACGGAGCCCCACAUCGCCCAGGUGAAGGACGGCGCGGCUUGGGCUGCACUGGAGUAUAUGCGAUGGCGGAGAAGCCACGAUCAAAGUCGACGUGCAGACGAUGGUUAUGGCAGAUUGAUGGUUAUUCCGGUAGGGAUCGUGCAUACGGAUAAGUCUCGGUACCUGAGUCGAAUGUCUGUUAGAUGGGGAACUCCCAUCGAUGUGGUCUCUUUUGCAGAACGGUACCUCCCGGAGGCCGGGCCCGACUCGCCCUCAGACGCAGACACAAGGGAAGCAGUCCGCAAGCUUACGAAGGAGAUCGCGAGAAGGAUGGUGGCGCUCACAAUCAAUGCGCCGGAUUGGGACACCGUCCAUGCCGCAAGGAUGGCGCGGGAUAUCCUGUGGAAGGACGAGCGGAACAUUCCGAUGGCAAAUUUUGCUCAAAUCAGCCAGCAAUUGAUCAAACUAUUCUCUGUCUCAGACGGGCCUGCUUCUCUCCGAAGAGUGAAGCGAACUCUUCUGCGGUACUACUCCUUCUUGAACUUCACUUCCUUGUCGCACAGCUCGCUUUCAGCCGUCCUCCCGGAUUCGCUCUCGCCUCGGGCGCCCUCCACAGGCGAAGCACUCCUCACGUUCUCUCGAGAGCUGGCAGGCACGUUCCUCCGCUUCCGCUUCCUGUUAUUCUUGCCGGUGUUCCUCGUGCACAUUCCCGCAUACUUGCUUGCUCACCUCGGCAUGCGCGUCCUGUCUAGCCCUUAUGAGGAGGAGACACAUGCUCAGUUCAAAGCGGUAUUCGGGAUGAUCGGUGCUGGUAUCUCGUAUGGCGUCGCUGGAAGCCUCUUAGUGCGGGUCUUGCAGCGAUUGCCGAUGUCUGUCGCUUUUAGCAAUGAAAGCAACGGCAUCAAGGAUCCUGUCGCGCAAGUCCUGCGGCGAGCCGCAGUAUGGCUGUUGUGUCCGGGCGGCCCCCUUAAGAGCGGCAUUCAGUCCUUGGUCAGCAUCUGUGGCGUUGCUUGGCUCCUCUCGAAAUGGCACAAUAGACUUGUCGGAACAAAUUAUAGACAAUUCAAGCGGCUGGUCGCCUCAUUGAAGCUCCUCAUCGGUCUUCUGUCUCCCCGCACAGCGGACCUCACACCGGACGAGCUGCAGCAAUAUGCCAAACCUCCUCUUCCUCCUGUGAAUCCAUUCCUCAAGCGUCGUUCCCCUCCGACCUCGACUGGUCAGCCUAACGGAAACGGCCACAGCAUCGACAACGAUUUUUGCAACGGUAGUCGCCCUGCCAACCAGAAUGAACCUCGCCCUCCUACGCCGUCGUUUCGCAGGCUAAUGCGACCCCUCUUAUCUGCGCGUGCUGAGGCAACAGAUGCUCUUGCCAAAUAUCUCGUUGACGUGGAGAACACAAGCGAUCUGCAUAAUGGCGAACUUGUCGAUAUUCUGCAGCAGCUUAAAAAACACGGAGCACACUUCUGACUCUCGCAAUAUGCCUACUCGACGUAAGUUUCUCGUCUUGUCCUGAACUAUCGACUUGGGAACGAACUACAUACUAGAUAAUAAUUCUUCAAGAAUAGAGGGUAUUGAUACAAGGUAUCUACAGCGAGC